CUUGUUUUUCGCUCACUCAAUAGCACGGCCAUAGCGCGUUGUGGCGUACUUAUUAUUUUUUGCGCGAAGAGAAGAAGCAGCACCAGCAGCAGCACCAGUUUCAGUGCAGAAGUUUUGUUGACGCCGAAAAGAAAAAGAAAAAAAAAGAAACUGAAAACUAGGCGUGACGACACAAACUGUGCAAAGUGAAAAAAGCAAACUAAAAACUAUUAAAGAGAAGAACAACAAAAACAAAUGAAUAGUCCUCGCACAAACGGCGCCAUCUCAGCGCUGCCGAGCACAUUGGCACAGUUGGCGUUGCGCGACAAGCAGCAGGCGGCGACAGCAUCAUCCAUAGCGACAGCGACAACCGCAUCCAAUGGAAGUGAUUCAACCGCAGUAGGAGCAGCGAACGCGACGACGACGACGACGACGUCGCAGCGUCCACAGACGCAGCCGCCCAGUGUGCCAAAACUGCAGUUAGCCGACUCGGCCAGUGUGACCAGCUCAAAUGGUGACUCGAACAAGUUAACCCACGAUUUGCAGGAAAAGGAAGCCCAGCAGCAGCAAAAGCCACAGAAACCACCGUUGCCCGUGCGACAGAAACCAAUGGAAAUUGCCGGCUAUGUGGGAUUCGCCAAUUUGCCCAAUCAGGUGUACCGCAAGGCCGUCAAGCGUGGCUUUGAGUUCUCCCUGAUGGUGGUGGGUGGCAGUGGUUUGGGCAAAUCAACGCUGAUCAAUUCCAUGUUCUUGUCGGACAUCUACAAUGCCGAACAGUAUCCGGGACCAUCGUUGCGGAAGAAGAAGACAGUCGCCGUUGAGGCCACCAAGGUGAUGCUCAAGGAGAACGGCGUUAAUCUAACGCUAACUGUUGUGGACACACCCGGAUUCGGUGAUGCUGUGGACAACAGCAAUUGCUGGGUGCCCAUUCUGGAGUAUGUGGACAGCAAAUAUGAGGAGUAUUUGACGGCGGAGUCGCGUGUCUAUCGCAAGAGCAUCUCGGAUAAUCGGGUGCACUGCUGUUUGUAUUUCAUAGCGCCAUCGGGUCACGGUCUGUUGCCAUUGGACAUUGCGUGCAUGCAGAGCUUGUCGGAUAAGGUGAAUCUGGUGCCGGUGAUUGCGAAGGCCGACACCAUGACACCGGACGAGGUGCAUCUGUUCAAGAAACAGAUUCUGAAUGAGAUUGCUCAGCAUAAGAUUAAGAUUUAUGAUUUUCCCGCCACACUCGAGGAUGCCGCCGAGGAGUCCAAGGCCACACAGAAUCUUCGCAGUCGAGUGCCAUUUGCUGUCGUUGGCGCCAACACCAUCAUCGAGCUGGAUGGCAAGAAGGUGCGUGGACGUCGUUAUCCUUGGGGCAUUGUCGAGGUGGAGAAUUUGACGCAUUGCGAUUUUAUUGCAUUGAGGAAUAUGGUAAUACGCACCCAUCUACAGGAUCUGAAGGAUGUGACGAACAAUGUCCACUAUGAGAACUAUCGAUGUCGCAAGCUAUCCGAAUUGGGACUGGUCGAUGGCAAGGCGCGACUCUCCAACAAGAAUCCGCUAACCCAAAUGGAGGAGGAGAAGCGCGAGCAUGAGCAGAAGAUGAAGAAAAUGGAGGCCGAAAUGGAGCAGGUGUUCGACAUGAAGGUCAAGGAGAAGAUGCAAAAGCUGAAGGACUCCGAACUGGAGAUGGCCCGUCGUCACGAGGAGCGCAAAAAGGCAUUGGAACUCCAGAUCCAUGAGCUCGAUGAGAAGCGGCGCGAAUUUGAGCGGGAGAAAAAGGAAUGGGAGGAUGUGAAUCAUGUGACGCUCGAGGAGCUCAAGCGACGCAGUCUUGGCGGCAAUAGUAGCACCGACAAUGUCGAUGGCAAGAAGGAGAAGAAGAAGAAAGGUCUGUUCUAAGUCAGUUCGUAAUUCCAGCGUAAUUCCUCUCUCCUACUUAAACAACAACAACAACAAACAAAAAACAAAAAAACAAAAAUUAACAAACGCAAAAAAAAAAAACAAAAAC